UACGUUUUUUCGACUCCGUGCCCCUUCCACUUGACGACCGAGCCGCCCGCACCCUUUUCUUCCCCCUUACUCCCCGCGGCUGCCGGUGCCCGGCAGCGUCUCGCGGCCAUCGAAGCGGCGGCGCGGCGGAGAGGGGGAGGCGGUUCUCGGUUCCCCGUCGGGCGCGCUGUUCCUGCGCGAUGGGCACGCCGGAGUUCCCCAACCUGGGGCGGCACUGCAGCGUCGGCGACUGCAACCAGAUCGACUUCCUCCCCUUCACCUGCGACCGCUGCGACCACGUUUUUUGCCUUCAGCACCGAAGUUAUACAUCACACCAGUGUCCAAAUGCAAAUCAGAAGGAUGUCACUGUCCUCAUCUGCCCACUCUGUGCUAAAGGAGUUCGCCUGAAUACAAACGAAGACCCAAACAUCACCUGGGAGUCUCAUGUUAACACUGACUGCGAUCCGUCAAAUUACCAGAAAGUAACAAAGAAGAAGAAAUGCCCUGUUCCUGGGUGCAGAGAAACACUGACGUUUUCCAACACAAUCAGAUGCAAAGAUUGCACCAAAGAACACUGCCUAAAGCAUAGAUUUGGGCCCGAUCACAAGUGUCCAGGACCAAGAAAAUUGGAUUCUGCCUUCCCCUUCUCAAGCAUGCUAAGGAGAAGCCAGAAAGUGGAGACGCGCUCGAACAGCAGCAACAAUAGUUCUUCAUGGUGGAGCUCCAGCUUUCUGAGUGCAGCAUCAAAUUUCAAAUCAUCAGCUGAAUCUGGAAUGCAGAAAUUGAGCACCGCAACAAGCCAAGCCUUUCAGAAGGCCAAGGAUGGGAUCUCCCCAAAUGGCGGCAACAGCAGCAGUGGUGACCUUGUGGAGCAAUGUGUUCAUUGCCCGGCAAGAUUUUCCACCCUGGGGGCCUUAAUCGAACAUGUUGAGAAAUCCCACCAGACGAACUCACAACCAAGCCGUGCCCGAGUGACCAUUGAUGUUUGCCCAAAAUGCAGCAAGGGGUUCCGAGAUCCAGUGUUGCUUGUGGAGCAUGUCGAGAGGGACCAUGGAGGAACAUCAAGAGCAUAAACCCGCUCGUGUAAACUGUAUGCCUGUGUAGUUUAUAAUUUGUUUCUUAUUUGAUCGAUUAGAUUAUACUCGACUGCUUUGGGUUCGAAGUGUGCCCUGAGAGAAGUACAGUUUGUUGGCUUGAAGGAUGUCCAUCGAACUUUGUACCAGAUACUAGAAAUCAACGUAUAAUUGGUAAAGAGAAUCUAAUUGUGAUGAA